UCUGGAUUGGCUAAUUGGUCGUAGAACAGUUUGAAUUCUGCAGCAGCUUAAGGGAACCACAGUCUUUCACGAGGAUUGUUUAUUUGUAAAACCCUUCAGUCAAUAGGAACUUUUACUGGGCUCAUGUCUACCCUUGCGGAACAGUUUGUGGAAGAUUUAGAAGAUGAUACUAGAAAUUCGGAAAGUCUGGACAACGCUGAACACCCUAGUGGAGCAAAUUCAAAGGCUCAAGGAAAGCAGACAAGUUCCGACUUUAAGGAAGUUUUAGAGCUAGUUUCUGAAGCUCAAGAUUCUUCGGAACAAGUUGGACCAAGAGAGUACGAACUUGUUAAUCUUUGUAUGAACUACCUUUCUUUUGUCAAGGAAGAAAUUGCUUCUAUAGGGAAAAAACUAAAGAAAGCCUACGGAAAGCGCUUUCCUGAAUUGGAAACUUUGGUUUCUGACCCCGUUGACUAUGCACGAACUGUCUUCAUUCUUAGGAACGACGUCGAUCUUUGUCGAAAAGACUUGAGUGGAGUUCUCCCUCAAGCAACGGUAAUAACUGUAGCAGUUACUUUUGCCUCUACAAUGGGAGAGGUACUGUCAGAAGACGAACUAGACGAAGUGCUUGAACUUUGCAAAGAGAUAUUUUAUUUAGACGAAGUGCAGAAGAAGCUUGUAAAUUUUGUUGAAAGUCGAAUGAGUCUGUUGGCGCCAAAUGUGACAGUUCUGGUUGGUAGUUCCAUAGCAGCACAGCUUAUCGGUUUAGCUGGAGGCAUAGAAAACUUGGCGAAGAUUCCUUCCUGCAAUAUACAGACUCUUGGAUCCAACAAAUCUCUUGGUUUAGGCCUGUCCACAAGGUUCACGAGUCCUCAUGAAGGCUAUAUUUUUCGUUAUUCAGAAGUCCAGUCUUUACCUUACGGCUUGAGAAAGAAAGGAAACCGUCUUAUAUCUGCCAAAGUUUCUUUAGCUGCUCGUGUUGACGCAGCAAAACAAAGUAGGGACGGAAGGAUAGGAAGACAACUCAAGGAGGAAGUCCGUCAGAAAUUUGAAAAGUGGCAAGAACCUCCGCCUGCAAAGACUGCAAAACCUCUACCUGUACCUGAUGAAAAACCUAAGAAGCGACGCGGUGGUCGUCGAUUGCGAAAACAAAAGCAACUUUAUGCUGUAACUGAACUUCGAAAGCAACAGAAUCGUUUGGCGUUUGGGAAGCCAGAAGAAAGUUAUGGGAAUGACAUCGAAACUGGUUUUGGUAUGAUAGGGUCAGGAUCUCUCCACUUGCAAAGUACAAAAACAGACUCUGUUUCAAAGGCAGCCAAAAGGAAGUUGGAAAAACUGCGUUCCAAAGAACCUUCUUUGGGGAAGAAACUUAUGUCCGGCUUUCAAACUAGUCUUUCUUUUGCUUCAGGCGAAGGAAUGCAGUUGGGAACUUUAACACCUGCUCCUGGAGGCGUGGGUGUUGGUUCGCUAAGUAAUCAGAGCGGAAUCCAAAGCACUUAUUUUUCGGCAGCUACGCCUUUUUUUGGUUUGAAGAAAUAAUCACAUUUUUCCCGAUAAGUAAAUUUG